UAUAAUUUCAACCUGCCCUCCACCUCUCUUUAUCAUCUCCUCUGUUUCUCUUUCUCUCCUACCACUCUCAUUUCAUUUCUUUCUGGUUUUUUCUUCAAUUUUCAACCAAAAAAACUCAUAAUUUUUGUAACCAAAAAUAACAGAAAAAAUGGGUGAAGAAGAACAAAAGAAAGUAGAAGAAGUGAAAACACAAACUGUUGAAGAAACAUCAAAAGAUGUUAGUGAAGAAAAGAGUGUGAUUCCUGUUGUUUCUGAUCACAAAGAUUCUGACUCCAAGCCUCCUCCUGCUGAUGAAAAGGCUAUUGUACCAGUAGUAACACCUCCACCAGCUCCUGCACCUGAGAAAAAACCUUCAGGAGGUUCAAUUGACAGAGAUGUUGUGAUGGCAAAGGUUGAAGAAGACAAAAAAUUGGCCCUUGUCAAAGCAUGGGAAGAAAGUGAAAAAUCCAAGGCAGAAAACAAGGCAUGCAAAAAGCUGUCAGACGUAGAAGCCUGGGAAAAGAGCAAGAAAGCUACAUUAGAAGCUGAACUCAGACAUAUGGAGGAAAAAUUGGAGAAAAAGAAGGCAGAGUAUGCAGAAAAAAUGAAGAAUAAGGUGGCAGAAGUGCACAAAUUAGCAGAAGAAAAGAGAGCAAUGAUUGAAGCCCAUAAAGGAGAAGAGCUACUUAAAGCAGAAGAAUGUGCUGCUAAAUUCCGCGUUACUGGCCAUGUACCAAAGAAAUUUCUUGGCUGCUUUUAGUUGCUGGUUUAUUAAUUAAUUCUAGUACAAAAAAAAAAAAUUAAAAGUAAUUGUGCAAUUUAUUUAUUUUUAUAAGUUUUUUUUUUUUGUUUCAAUUGUUUGGGUGUCUGAAUUUGGUUUGUCAAUGUGUACAGUGAAGAUUUUGUCUGGUGUGGUUAAUUACUUAUCAGUAAAUUAUGCUCAGUGUGACUGUUUGCACAUUAUUAUGGGUAAUGUUGAUCAUCUUAGUUUAUUA